UCAAGCACGUUGUUUUAUAUAUAUAGUAAGUAGCUCCUUUCUUUCCUCUCAGCAUCUCACUAGAUUCUCUCAGGUGGAUAGAUAGAUCGAUCGAUUGAGAGCGAGAUCGAGGUCGUGGUUGAGGUCGUGGUCGAGGUUGUAGUCGUGGUCGUGAUUGAGGUCGUGAUCGAGAUUCGAGAGAAUGGAUAGGAAGGUUGUGGAGGAAGAGUUGAGAAAAGGGUGGGAAGCAGCAAGUCAGUUCAGGAAUUUACUUAAUACACAAGAUCAACUAACAGAGAAAUUAGAGCGAGGUGAAUGUAGUAAUGAUCAAAGAAGAAUGGAAUGUAUGAAAAAUUAUUCAAACACAAUGCUUAAUUCAUUUGAUAAUUCCAUUUCCAUCUUAAAAAAGAUUGUUCACUCUGUGGAAAUGGAGGCCUUCUCAGUUGGUCAAAUAACAACAAAUGCAUGCCCAUCCAAGUCCAGGCUGCGGACGAUAGAAACCCCAAAUCUUACACCUGAUGGCCACGCUUGGAGGAAAUAUGGGCAGAAAUCAAUUCUCAAGUCAAAGCACCCCAGGGAAUAUUACAGGUGCGCGUAUAAAGAAGAUCAAAAUUGCCAAGCAACCAAACAGGUUCAAAAGACAUCAGAUAAUCCAAGGAAAUAUAGGAUCACUUACUUUGGUCAUCAUACAUGCCAACCUAUUCUCAAUAACAACAAUUUAAUCCCUGAUAGUAGUAUGUUGGAUCCUCUUGAAAGAGAUUUUACAAACAUCAUAAGCUUCGACCUAAAAAACCAUCCCAACACUUUCCCCAAACAAGACCUUAGUCUUGUUAUUCCUAGUUCAUCAUUGUCUAAUAAUCAUCCUCCUCCACAAGCCGUUGAUUCGAUCAUGGAGACUUCACUAGAUGAUGAAAUUGCCUAUUUAAACUAUCCAGACGUGUUGUAUUCACCAAGAAUAUUCACGAGCCCAAGUUAUAUGGAUACUUCAAACGUCGAAGAUUACAGGUUAAUGGUGGACGAUUCUUAUGAUAUGAGCGGUGUGUUGCUAGACCUCCCACUUUGGGAUUGAAUUAAGAAUUAAAUAUGCAUGCUGCUAUACUUACAAGUCAUUUUUAGUAUAUGUACGGUUUAUAAUUAGUUUGUUUCUUCUUGUUAAUCGAUGUAUUCAAACAAAUUAAGUUUAUUACGGAAUAAAUGAGUUGGACUAGAAACAAAUUACUCCAUAGUUUUUAACGAGGAAGAUGAUGAGGGUUAACUAGU